AAGUCAGUCCUUUGAUCGGGAAGCGAAAGAGGUCUACAGCUGCGAAGGGGUUGAAAUCUCCGAAGGCUCUUCAAAUGGUGCUACCCUCAAGGUGUUUGAGUGCAGACUGGAUCCGGGCUGCUUUGAGACGUUUAGCCGUGUCGAACAUCUUGCCAGACACGAGAGACAGCACAAAGCGGCGGUUCACAAGCAUCUUCAUGUCGAAAAUGCUCAGACAGAAAAGCACUUGGUUGAAGUUCAGAAGGGGCUUCAAAAGUCGAACAAACUUCGACAAGCAACGAUUGUGGCUGCCACAAGUCAAGUCAAGGAGCCUAAAGGGAAGAAAGUCAAGGCCACGGCAACGAACGAACACAACCGCCAGCCUGAAUCCAAGCAGGCUUCAUCGCCACAUUUCACAAUCAGCGGUCCUUCGAUGGAUUCAUUUCAGAUUGAAUUGAGCCCGGAACAGUCAACUCCUUACAAUCUGAGUUUGGUUGGCUCUGUAGAAUCAGCUCCGCAGACAUCUAGGACUCAAGAUUUCUCGAACACCUUGACGGAUUCCGCGUUGUAUUCGACCGAUACACCUUCUAGACACUGUGACUUCAUACCUCACGACAUCUCGCCCGACCUCAGCGACUUUUCUAGAAGUCCACUCCCAAUGCCUCUGAACAUCAGUCGGGUUAUCCCUUUCCCAAGCAUGAAUCACUCAACUUUCACUCACGCUCCUUAUCCAGACAUAUACACAUCUUCACUCUUCAACCCUUUUCCCACCUAUUCCUAUCCCGACCCAUUAUCUCACACGUCUUUUCAACCUACGCUUCAGGCAUUCACAAAUCAUCCACCUAUGAUCACACAUGCUAGCUCGGGUGUAACUUCUUUAACGUACCGUACAAUUCCUAGGGUUCCUAGUCAAUUGUAUCAUCCUCGUGAAUCGUUUGCUUAUGGUACUUGUAAUAAUUUUCAUUCACUCUAUCCUGAAUCUUUUCCUACUUAUUCGAAUGUAUCCAUGAAACAUUAUCCAUCUAGUUCAUAG